AUGAGUGCUGAAUCAUUUAUUUCAGAUGAGGAACGUUAUGCCGACGAUACAUUUGAACAAGAAUCUGAUACUGAAGUACAGGAAACAACUGAAAUUGAAAGUGAAAUAUCAGAAGUGAGUGAUGCCGAAGAUAAUGAUGUUGGUGGUACAAAUCUUGGACAUAAUUCGACCAUUAAUUCAAACAAGGUAUCAUCAAAUUAUAAUUCCCACCACAAAAGUGCUCCCAUACAAACAGAUGCCGUACCAUUUGAUAGUUCCUCGGAUGAGGAGGAUGAUGUAAUUGUUGGUCAAACAUUGGUGGAAAUUAAUACACCAUCGAUGCACUUCCAAGAAGAGGAAAAGUUAAAUGUCACCAGGCGUCGUGAAAUUCGCCCUCUGAAAUACCAAAAAACCCUACCACUGAAAAGUAUUGAUGAACAAAGUAACGAUGGCAGUUCGGUGAGUGAAGAAGAGGAAUCCCUUGAUAGCGAAGAAGAAAGGGAAUUUCAAAAAAUACGUGAAAUGGAGGAAAGUUAUUUGUUACAAAAAUCAGCCAAGACGCCGAAAAAUGUUGACAUUAAUAAUAGUCAACAAUUAGAGAGUUCAACAUCGAAAUCUAAAAGUUCAGCAAGUGAAAGUUCAGAUGAAGAAGAAGAGGAGGAAGAUGAAAAUCAAAAUGUGGUUACUACUAAUACUUUAGAAGAAGAAGAGGAAGAUAAUGAUCAGCAGGAAGUUCCCUCUCAAACUGAAAAUAAAUUAAUCCAGGAUAAUGAUGUGGAUCCCAUACCAGAAUUAAUAGAUAAAAUCAUAGAACAAUUUACGCCCAAACCUCAAGUACCACAGCAAAUACAAACAGAUUUUGUUGAAAUUGUAAAAAAUUCUCUGACUAAUUUACAAAACCAAAAUGAUAAUGAGGAAAAGUUCGAUACCAUUAUUACGGAUGAAUUGCCACAAUCACAUCGUUCCGAAGAUUCUAUACGCAUGACCUUCAGCUUUGAACCCAAUCACAUUUUAAGCCCAGAAAAUAUUGCAAAGGCAUUUUUCGAUGCCAUGAGUGCUACGAAUAUUACCUAUGCCACGCAAAAACAUUCUCAUUCCAAAGCAGAGGAUCAACAGGAAAAUGAUGAGGAGCCCAAGGAGAUCAAAAAAGAAAACGAUAAAAUGAAUUCCAAAAGUAAAAGUGGAUCUUUCGAAGAGCCGAAUAAACAAAAUCGUUCAACAGGUGUGGAACAUGGUGAUAAUGAAAUUGAAUUGGAAUACGAAGAAAAAUCCGAACAAUUAUCUCAACCGGCUGAUGACAACAAUGAUUAUGACGAUGAGAGUUAUUAUGAUACACAAUUUGAAUAUGAAACAACCAGCAAAACUCCCAGCUGUUUUAAUUCCGACGAUUAUGUUUUCCAUGCUAACUUUAUAAGACCUUCACCAACAACGGAUAGAUUCAGAGUCAAGCCACAUCCAAGAAAAAGUAUGAGUUUCUCUAAUGAACGAAUGCGUGAAAUUGAACGGCAUAAUCAGAUUUUAUUACGUAAAAUCCUCACACAAAAGCCGACCUACAUAGCAAAAAGUGCACAGCACAAAGGCCAAUCGAAUAAGACAAAUCUACGACUCACAACAUCGGCUGUUAAUCGUAAAAAACAACAACGGCAAAUUGAUUUGGAUAAUCAGGUAUUAAAACGUAAACUAGAGGCUAUAGCUCUACGACGAAAACCGCUGAUAACAUAA